AUGAUUCAAGUGAUUGGACGUGCACGUAACAAGGUCUCGCAUAUGGUGGAGCUAUAUUCAAAUCGGGACCCCGAUGAGGUGCGGUGUUUUAGACAGCAGAUGGCGGCAUUUUAUGGGAUUCGAGCAGCGUGUAAUAACUGCUGUGGAGUGGUUGACGCCGAGCACGAGGAUAUGUUGAGGAAACUCUGGGAAGAUGAGCCGGAGGAGACGAACCAGUAUGAUGAGAUAGUUGUUGUUGCUGAGACUGAGGAGGAGAAGAAUUGGUAUGAUGAGAUAGUUGAUGAGGCCGAGAGUAUUAUGCAGCAGAUUGAGAUGGGCAACCCGGUGAUAGGCAGUACUUUCAAGUAUUGCAAGAUGGCGAAGUAUAUUCAGAUGUUCAAGAGCCAGCCCACGUUUGAACAUGUUGACAUGUGCGGAUACUGUUACAUGCCGGUUGCGUACUGCACUCGCGGAAGACAUGGGUGCCGGUAUCAGAAGACGGUGAAGAAUGUGAUGAUGGUGAGGUGGAUCUUGGGAGACAUUGAUGUUGAGGGGAUCAAAGAGAUUAUUGGUGGGGUGGAAGGGGUUGAACAGAUUAACUGGAUUCGUGAGAACGAGGAGUAUGCGAGUGCUGGGAUUCGGGAGUAUUGUCAGCGGAUGGUGUCGCACAGUUUUAUCAAUGUGGAUGAGUUGCCUCGGGGGAUGCCGACGACACAGCUGAUGUUUUUGAUGGUUGUGGAACAGUGGAAGGAUAGGAGUGUGUUUGGGGAGGGCGAAGAGGAUCAGGCGGUUGCUCGGAAGGCUGAUGGGUACUUUGCAAGCAACUGGAGGAACGAGGUUGAGUAUAUGACGUUUAAGAUGGAAGACAGGUGCAAGUGGUGUGGCGUUGGAGUCGGGCGGCAUCAGUGCUGUGGGCGGUUUAUCAAGAAGUUGUUGUAUGCGAUAUUUGUUGACGAGAGGAUGCGGGGGUAUGUUGGGGAUAUGCGAAUUUUCGAGCACUGGUUUGAGGCUGUGGGUGUUGGGGAAGUGUUUAUGAGACUUGUGAUUAGGUACUAUGAAGUGGUGACAGAGUAA